AUGGCCGCCAGACACAGUUUCGGCGCUGCGGCGACUGAUCCUGAACUGAUCGCAGAGUUGAGGGACCGGUUGACUGAAGUGUGCAUUAAGUGCUCAGAACGAUGCCUGUACCAGUCGGCGAAAUGGGCAGCCGAGCUGCUCGACUCGCUCCCUGAGCAAGAGGACAGCCAUGACGGCGACUCCCAGAUGCUCAAUGCAGAUGCCCCGCAGUCAUCCUACCGCACAUUCUCAACGAGUUACGAUGACCCUAUAGAAGCGAGUCUAGAGGCCAGGGAGGCACCCAAGUACCUACUGGCAAAGACGUACUUCGACACCAAAGAAUAUGACAGAUGUGCUGCUGUGUUCAUCUCACCCGCCAUUCCAGCCGGCGGACUGGCCAUUUUCGACACUGCAAAGAGUCGUCAAGCAGCUUCUUCAGUCAAGACAGCCGGAAAGGCGAAGGCCGACGAUGCGCCAGUCAGUCCAUAUCCAAGGCUAUCUCAGAAGUCUCUAUUCCUUGCACUCUACGCCAAAUAUCUCUCAGGCGAAAAGCGAAAAGAAGAGGAGACUGAAAUGGUACUUGGUCCAGCCGACGGCGGCCAGACCGUCAAUCGAGAGCUGCCCACCCUUGCUCGCGGUCUUGAGGGCUACUUCCGCCACCGUGAUGCCGAACAGUCAUCCCAGAACCGCUCACAAGGCUGGCUUGAAUUUCUCUACGGCAUAGUCCUUGCUCGCUCGAAACAAGAAGCAGCGGCUCAGAACUGGCUGGUGAGGUCGGUCCGCUUGCAGCCAUACCUCUGGGGCGCCUGGGAGGAACUGGCAGCACUAUUAUCCACCGUCGACGAUCUCCAUGCCCAGCUUGCCUCGAACCUCCUGCCCAACAACAUCAUGACCAUAAUCUAUCAGACACACGCAGCUGUCGACCUCUUCUCGACCAAUGACGCCAGCCAGACCUUCUCAUCCCUGCAGACUCUACUUUCAAUAUUUCCUACUUCGACUUUCCUGCUGACACAGAUGGCGCUCUGCCACUACCACUCCAAAGAUUUCGACACCUCAUCAGCUAUCUUUGCGGACAUACUCACCACGCAUCCAUACCGUCUCGACGCGCUGGAUCACUACUCCAACAUACUGUACGUCAUGGAAGACCGACCUCGACUAUCCUUCCUCGUCCAUCUAGCAACCUCAGUCGACAAAUUCAGGCCCGAGACCUGCGUUGUAGUCGGCAACUACUACUCCAUCUGCAGUCAGCACGAAAAGGCCGUGAUGUACUUCCGCCGAGCCUUAACCCUCGACAGAUCGUUCCUUAGUGCCUGGACGCUCAUGGGCCACGAGUACAUCGAACUGAAGAACACACAUGCUGCAAUAGAAUCCUACCGACGCGCUGUUGACGUUAACCGCAAAGACUACCGUGCAUGGUAUGGCCUCGGUCAAGCAUACGAAGUUCUCGACAUGGGCUUCUACGCACUCUUCUACUAUCAACGCGCUGCAGGGCUGAGGCCAUACGACCCCAAGAUGUGGCAAGCUGUCGGCUCGUGCUACACAAAGAUGGGACGGGACGACCAGGCGAUCAAGGCUCUCAAACGCGCCCUAGUCGCAGGCACUUAUUUCGAAACCGCCGACAACUCGCCCCAGCAAUCUUUCGCAGCAUCUAUCGGCACGUCAGGACCAAAAGCCAAGAAGCGGCCCACAGGUCGCAAACUCCUCGACCCAGAAACUCUGCACUCCAUCGCCGCCCUCAAGGGCGUGAAGAAAGCAGAGAAGUCCUUGCGGAAGCGUGCGAAGAAGGAGGCGAGGAAGGCGGAUAUUGCUGCUGAGCGGAGACGACAUCGGGAUGCCACUGCCGGGGCUAGCUACAAUGAUGAAGGAGCGGAGGUCGCAGAUGACGCUACCGACGUGAUCAGCAGUCCCUCAGAAGGCGACUCCGAGUCCGAAGACGAGGAAGACAUGCAACAGCAGGCAGGUGCGAUACCGAAUAAUUCUCAGGAAGGAGGCGAUGGGUUCGGCACAGGCACGACACCGACAACAUCGAAAGCACGACUGUGGCUCGCGAGGUAUGCGUUCCGUAAGGGCGAUUUGGAUCGCGCAGAGAGGUUGGCGGAAGAGCUGUGUGCAGAUGGCUUCGAGGUUGAGGAGGCAAAGAGUCUGGUGCGGAUGACACGUGGGCAGCGGGAGGUCGAGGAGGGCGCUCUCUGA